UCAACCAGCAGUUUGAAAGUGACGUGAUCAGUAAUGUUUACCUUUGCUUAACUUAAUAAAUAAUUAAUAAUUAAUAAUUAACUUAAUAAAUAAUUAAUUAACUUAAUUCGUUGAACAAAGUAUAUUUUCAUUAAGUGAAUAUCAAAAGUAAGACUAUAAUUAUUGAACUUUUUAAUUUAUCUAAACUAGAUCAUUUAUUUAUAAUUGUGGAAUUUUUUCUAUUGUGAAAAUAUAAAAAGAAAAGGUAUGACAUUGAAAUAUAUCGAAGUUCAAAUUUAGUUGUGAGAUGUUAGUACUACUGAGUACAACAUAUCUACGGGGCUUUCACGAGCGAUCGCACGGAGAAGGACGGUCAUUACAGAAUUGGCUGUAGACAGGAAAGUUCGGCGCUGACUGGAGAAGAAAAUUCCUUUGUUGUGUUUGAAUUUGUUUACGGCAUCUAUAAUCAGCAUUCUCCUUAUGAAAUUUGCCGUUUCUAUACAGUAAGUUCGGAUCUUAGGCAACUGAGUGUGUGUUAGGUGACAAGAUCAGGUAUCAACAUCAUCAUGGACUUUAGUACAAUGACAUGGUGCAAUUGACUCCUUUCCCGCUUCUCCAUUUUAUUAUCCUUCGCUGAUGGACUGUUUGCUGCACGGUCAUCUUUGUUUUCAUCGACUUAUCUUUCAUCGUACAUUUUAACUGAGGGUGAAGAAGGAAGAGAUUUCUCAAGUAUCUAAAGAGAAGAUUCCCGAAAAAAACAUUCGAAAAUGAGUGUCAUAAUUAGACUACAAAACUUGGCAUGGUCCGCCAACGCUCUGGAUAUUCGCCAAUUCUUCAGAGGCUUGAGCAUACCGGAAGGAGGGGUGCACAUCGUUGGUGGUGAGCUGGGAGACGCUUUUAUUGCUUUCAGCACCGAUGAAGAUGCUCGACAGGCGAUGAUGCAUGAUGGCGGCAAGAUCAAGGAGAUGAAGAUAAAGCUGCUGCUCAGCUCGCGGACAGAGAUGCAAAAAGUGAUCGAGGCAGCCCGACAACAGACACUGAGUCUGCAAUCCUUCAUGCAAACAGCACCAGUCGCUGUCGCACAGGUUGUUCAGAAGCCAGGGUCUCCUGGUGAACGAAGAGAAAAAGAAAAGGACAAUGAUAGCGAAUCCAGCAAGGAUCGCAAGGACAGGCGAGACAGGUCGCGAUCUAGGGAUAGAUCUCGAUCCCGUGAUCGUGAUAGGGAUAGAGACAGACGAGACAGAGAUAGAGGACGGGAUCGCAGACGUCGUGACAGAAGCAGAUCGCGAGAUAGAGAAAGAGACAGAAGAGAUAGGCGUCGUCGUCGUGAUAGAUCCAGAUCUAGAGAUCGUACGCGAUCUAGGGACAGAGAUACUAAGCGUAAUUCUACCGGAGAACGUCGGAAGGAUGCCAAUGAUGAUGAUAAUAAUGACGUAGUCUGUGUAGGACAGUUUCAUAAAGAUAAGCCCGUGGCUGGUGCGAAGAAACCAUUGGAAAAUGGUAUUUGGGAGGUUCCACCGCAGACACAGAUACAGGCAGCCAUGUUGGCGCCUGGAAUCUUGGGUGCAGGUGUAGCAGCACUGUCACAAGAUGGAGAACAACGCUCUAUGACAUUUGGUAAUUCUGUAAUCGGACAACCAUCGAUGCUCCAACAAGGCCAGUUUCCUAUAAAUGGUAUAAACGGUGUUGGAAGCUUGAUGCAGUCGCAUAUGCAAAGUCUUAGUCACACUGUAGGUAUGGGUCCAUUGUCUCAGAAUGUAGGUGGAUCAAGCCUACCUAGCUUAAGUACAGGAGUGAGUGCAUUAAAUAGAUCUAAGGAGCCUUGGAACCAAAAUGAUCAAGGCCGAAUGGAUUCAAUUAGGUUCCCUGGCAGAUCAGGCCAGUUUGGAGCUGAUAUGUAUGGUUCGAAUGGUUCUCUGAACUACAGGCCAGGAAUUAGACCAAACAAUCCUUUCCUCAGCAAGGUACAAGAAUUGGAAGGACGCCGAAAUCCACACGCUUUUCAGUCAAACAGUUCUCAAUUUAACUUUGACAAUGACAGACAAGGAAACCGUAGCUCGACGAACAGCUCCAGGUUCUCCAAUGAAAAUAAGAGCGGUGGAGGAGGUGGACACUGUGUGGAGGUUCGUAACAUGCCAUUAAGUGCCACGUACAAUGACGUUCGUCAUGCCUUUCAGGGUAUUUAUAUCAGGAAAGACGGAUUGAAGUUGAUCAACGAUAACCACGGGAAUCGCGUUGGUAUCGCUUACGUUAAGUUCAGCAAGGCUGAGGGUAAGGAGCUUGCUCUAGGCACGACUAGAUUCGUCAGAGGAUCAGAAGUGGAGGUAUUACACCUUGAUGAAAGCAUUUUCGACAAAGCGGUAGACUCUUACUCCCCUGAAAAAGAAAGAGACCGUGGAGAAGAUGGAAUAGAAGAUGUUAGAUCUUCUGCUUGUAUUUUAUUAACCGAUCUACCGUCCUUCACUAAAGAGAUGGAUAUAGCCAAAUUGUUCCACGACUGGAAAAUCAAUGACUUGUUCAUCACUAGUACCAAGGAGUCCGGAAGUGUUCAAUGUAUGGCCUACGUGCAAUUCGCCAGAAUAGAGGACGCGAAGGCGUCGGUGAAUACAUCCUUGAAAAUUGGCAAUAAACCUGUGACUGCAACCGCGAUCACCGAGGAUAAGUUUGCUCAAGCGAAACGCGACCACGAGCAGAACAGUAUGAACCAAACCGCCAGCUCGGAUUGUAUUAUCAUGCGAGGUCUCCCGUUCCAGACAAUCGACCGUGACAUUCUAGACUUCUUCUCUGACAUCGGUAUCGUACCCCAUCGAAUACACAUGUUACUCAAUCAAAAUGGAAAACCUGCUGGCGAAUGUUUCUGUGAGUUCGAUACAGCAGACGAAGCUCUCAGAGCCACUGCAAAGAAUGGAUUGCCUUUCGGGAAAAAUGUACCAACCAUAGAGCUGGUUCCGCGAGCUAAGAUGUUGGAAACCUUAGGAAUGGUUGAUCCACAGAUCAUGGAGACGCAACAGCAACACUUUCCACCGUUACAAGAGCAACGACCACGGUUCGCUGGACCUAUGAAUCAUCUACCCCGUUUUGGUAACUCUGGAUUUGGACCUAGAUGUCCCCCUGGCUUAAUGGGUCUACCUAGACACAUAUUAGGCCGACAUCUAGGCUCCAUGGAUUACGUUGAGGGCUUUGGCAAACCUGGUUGUGUAUUAUCCUUGGAGAAUGUUCCUUUUAAAGCUGAUAUUAACGAGAUUAUUGAGUUCUUUGGUGACUUUGAUGUAAAAAGGGAGAAUGUCAUACGUCGGUAUAAUGAGAGAGGUAUGCCUACAGGCGAUGCUAGGGUAGCAUUUGUAUCACCUAGUGAAGCACAGAGAGCUCUAAGAGAGUUGAAACAUUGCAAGAUGAGAGAUCGUACGAUAUACAUGAAGCUAGCGUGAACAGGUCUUCUCGAAUGUUUCUAGGUUAUGUACAGAGUCUCCGGAAAAAUCAAAAGGAAUCCAGGAGAGAUUGAUCAUAAAUUGAGCUUGAAGAAAUGAGAAGAUAAACAGUAUAAAAAAUGAACGAUAGAUGAACUGAUUAUAUUUGUCAGUUAUUAGAUUUUUAUGGGAACAAUAAAAAUGCGACAAAAACGAUCAGAGGGGAGAACAUGCUUCGAAAAGACGACAGUUCUCCGUGGAUGGUGUAUGAUAUUCGUUUAAAAAGAGUUGAGGAUAUUUUUCAUUCGCCUGCGAUCUUCUUUCAUUCGUUCUGAAGUUUUUAUGUAUGAAAGACUGCACCGUUUUAAGAACAUUAAUUUGAAUCAUUCUUAUUUCUUAUCUCACCUCAGUGGUCGUUCUUUAUGUCAUUGACAUGAUUCUAAAGAAUGUUAAUCUUUAGCGAAAAUAUAGUUUAAUUCUGAUUGAACAGAAUGAUGCGAAGAUUUGUAGUCUACAAAACCUCAGCAAUUAGCAAUAGCAUAGGCAAUUUUCAUUCUCGAUUGUUUUACGAGAAGAUAUUCUUUCCUUUUUGUUAUUAAGAUUUAGGUUAAUUUGUAACGUAUUGUCUGUUUAGUUUCUUUCUUAUUAUAUGAAAGUCGGAAUAAGAUCAUCUCGUAACAUUUCGAAGAGACCGACGUUGUUGUAUUCCCAUACCCAUUAAGACUUAAGAAAUGUAAAUAUAAUGUAAGCUAUCAUUGA